ACACUCUCCAUACCACUAGGUGGUGGUGUUGUGAACGUUUUUUUCCUCCCCCAACCGUUACUUAAAUUUGAGAAGGAGAAGAAGAACGAUCUUCUCGCGUGAUUUCACUCAAAAAUAACGCGGGACAGUCGGUUAAAACGUAAACAGUUUGCAUUCAGCAGAAAUGUCGCAAUGGUUAUUUACUUAUAACAUUAGCUAAAAUAGCUUUAUACGGUGUCUGGUUCUCUUUAGUUGGCAAAGCUUAGUCGUGGUCUGACAUAUUUUCUGUGACUUCAGUUAAUUUUUGUAAAAGUUAAAGUUUCAAGGUCUGUUAGCUGGUUUUAGCUUGGCGAGCUAAUGGAUUUUACGGAGGACUUGUCUGCUCGGGUCCUAAUCAACCAAAUUCUGAACACAGAGCUUCCCAGGACUCCAUUUACCCGAAGUGAACCCCAGGCACCAAGUGGCAGCGCGCCCCGACGUAGCAGCAGGUUAAGGAAAGAUGCUGAGCCCCAAACCCCGCAGAACAUCCUGAGGCGCAGCCAAAAGCAUAAGAUCCGUGAGAGUAUAACCAGAAAAUCCAUGCCUUCUACUAAAAGAAGAACUUCCGUCGUGCUCAGAAAGAGAGCUUCUUCCACUGCCAUGUUUUCCACUGAUGGAGAAACUCCCAGGCAUUUACUCAUGAACAUACUACAGACAGACCCUGUGAAAUCCCCUGUUGUUCACGAAGAAGUGCCGCCUGCAGAACCACAGCCCCCUUCAGCUGACAAUACAGUUACUACAUCCCAUUCUAGCGUUGAGCUGUCAGGACUGGAUCUGUCUGAUGUAACACUGGGGAACGAAGCAAGCUCCACGGAGGGUCUGAGCAGGAAGAGGCCACGUCGAAGCCUUAAUGUUUCUGCUUUUGCAAAACGACUUAAAGACCAAAAUGAAGAUAAAGCAGAUAGUUCAAUAGGGAGCCAUUCAUCAGUUUCUUUAUCAAGCUUCAGCUCCCUGGAUCUGAAAACACCCUUUGUUGAGGUUCAUACUGAGAAGAGAGGCCUUCAGAGGCGUGCGUCUAACCGCAGGAAGAUAACAGUGGAGGACUUUAAUGCAGCUCUGGAGAAACAACAGAUAGAAGGCCACAGACUACAGAACCAGAAUCUUGGCGAUGACACUAAUUUUGAGGGGAUCACGUUGGGUCUGAGCAAACUCAGCGAACCUGAUGUCACAGAGGAUAUCAUGAACUGUCACACAGCUCUGUAUGACCAUCAGGAUGCAGCGACGUCUGGCAUUUCAAUCAUUGCAACUCAGGAUAAACCCACAGUCUUUGCUUCUCAGCUUCAAAGAGAUUUACAGGAGGAGGAAGAGGAGCAGAGUGAGAAAGAUGGGAAGGAAUUAGUAGAUAUAAUUGAGGAAGAAGAUCCUGCCACAGACCCUGACGGGGAUGAAGGUGUUUCUGACUCUCAGGACAAGGACUCUGCUGAUAAAGCGAAACCAGAAGAUGCUGAAGCUGAGGAUCCACCCGAUAGUGCUUGUGAUUCUGCUCUUUUGUUUAAAUUGGAGGAAAAGAAGGACGCAGCUGGUUCUCAGACAUUCGAUCUAGGUGAUGAAGCUCAGUAUGAGGAAGAGGCUGUUGCUGAUCCACAUUCUGAAGAUGAUAAAGGUGGCUCUGAGUCAGAGCAAGACAAGGCUGAGGAUGAACAGAAAAACCAAUCUCAAACUGAAGAAGAAGCUUCAGCUCAUUCUCAGGCCAAAGACUUUGAAGACGCUCAGUCAGAGCAAGGCGAGGCAGCAGUGGGGAGUCCAACUGAGGAUGAAGGUAUGGAUCAAUCUCAGACUGAGGAAGAGGCUGCAGUUGAAUCUGGGUCUGAGAAAGAGGAAGCUCUAGUGAGUUCUCAAACAGGGGAUGAGGCCAGGGAUCGAUCUCUGACGGAGGAAAAAGCUGCUCUUCCUGAGAACCAGGAGGCUCCUGCUGAUUAUCGGUCGGAACGCGUUGAAGAAGACCCUCAGUCUGAGCAAGACGAGGCUGUAGUGGGACCUCCGGCGGAAGAAGAAGGUAUGGAUCGAUCUGAAACUGUGGAAAAAGCUGCUGUUCAAUCUCAGACCUUUGACCUUGAGAAUAAAGAUGAAGAAAUAGCAACUGAAUCUCAGCCUGAAGAUACUGGAGCAGCUUCUCAGUCUGAGGAAGAGGAAGCUUUAGUGAGUUCUCAAACAGGGGAUGAAGCCAGGGACAAAUCUCUGACAGAGGAAGAGGCUGAUCUUCCUGAAAACGAAGAGGCUCCUGUUGAUCAUCAUUCUGAAGGCGUUGAAGGAGACCCUGAGUCUGAGCAAGACAAGGCUGCAGUGGGACCUUCGGUGGAAGAAAAAGGUAUGGAUCGAUCUGAAACUAUGGAAAAAGCUGCUGUUCAAUCUCAGACCUUUGACCUUGUGGAUAAAGAUGAAGAAGUAGCAGCUGAACCUCAGCCUGAAGAUACUGGAGCAGUUUCUCAGUCUGAGGAAGAGGAAGCUGCAGCUGGCUCUCAACCCGAGGGCGAAGGUGGAUCAGAAACCCAAGCAGAGGAAGUCACGGUUAAUAAAUCCAGAAGUGAUGUUCAAGAAGAGUUUGACGCUGAGGGGGGUGUUGCAGUUAGUCAGACUGAAGAAGACCAUCACAAGGAUGAAAGAGAGCAGGAGAAAGAGUGGAGAUCGGAGCAUCUUGAGCACGAUGUGAGGUACAUCAGUCACAGGGCUUAUCGCUCUGAGGGUAGACUCAUUCCUCUCAAGCGAAGAGAUGAUCCGACUGAAGCUCCUGCUGCAGGUCGGUCUUACACCAUGUCCAAAGGCCCCAGUGCUCUGGGUUUAAACAGCAGCACUGAAAUGGGAAGCCAGUUCCAAAGUGGAAUUUCAGAUUGGCCUAAACCCUCGCUCCAAGAUCAGGAGGACGACUCCGGAGCAGAAAAGGAUCCGAUGGGCGGAGAAAACACCUCAGCUCACCAGAUUUGCCAUGAUGUUGAAGUCUGUGAGCAGCAGAGUGAUCCCCCCGCAGAGGAAGUUCCUUCUGAGGAUGCUGGGGAACAGGAAGAAGAGUGGGAUGAGGAGGAUGAUGAUGAAGUCCCCACCAAGACACCAGCGUUUGUCAGAGAGAAGAGACACGUUUUUGUCAGCAAUGCUCAAGCAUCGCCUUCGGUUUUUAGAAAGGAUAACAACGCAAUUACAAGUGACACUUUACCUGCAGCUAAACCAAAGCAGGUUAAACGCAGGAAAAACGAACAGUCCCGAAAGGAAACCGUCCUCCCUAAAAGCUACCUUAUGAGUACCUUCAAACAUUUUGCCAAAACAAGAGUCUCUGCAGAUGUCUUCCCGGUCCUAAACGAGAUAAUGGAUACAUUUCUUACCCGUGCUGUUGAGGAUCUGGAGGUAUAUGCAGCCCAUGCAAAGAGAAAAACUAUUGAGGUGGAAGAUGUUAAACUUCUGUUGAGAAGGCAGGGCCACAUAAGUGACGAGGUGCCUGUGGAGGUACUCAUUGAAAAGUAUCUACGUAUGGAACAGCGAAAGAUUCUGAUCCCCAUCGCUACCAGUGGGAAUAUUGUUAUCCCGUAAAACCUCAGUUCCUCAUUUAGUUUCCAUGUAAAGCAACAAAACAUUCAUAACAGAGUCUUGUACAUGUGUUAAUAUUUCUCUAAAUGUUUACUUCAAUUAUAUAGUUCCUGUUUUUGUAUUAUAUCGGAUAGAGUUUGUAAAUGUUUAACAGUUGAAAUAGUUUUGUCGAUAGUUGUUAAGUGUUUUCACUGUAUAAUCUCUUCUCAUAAAGAAAAUAGGUUGCAAUCAAUUAUUAAUAAAGUUCUGUGUAUGA